AUGGAGGGAAAGUUAAUUGUAGAAUUUUGCACUGGAGAGAAACCAUUUAUAUUGUCUGAUCAAAAGUCAUAUUUAGUGGAAGAUGUCAUCAUUGAAGCAUGCAAAUAUUUAAAAAUACAGCCAAUUUCCAGGCAUCUGUUCGGUUUAUGGAGCCCUGGAAACUUACUUUGGUAUGCUCCAAGUAAACGCAUUGAAUUACCCUGUGAAAAAAAUUUGACUUUUCAGCUUAGGCUGCGUUUCAGGACACCAAGUAUCAAGCGAUUAAUAGAGAAGACUGAUGCAAGGACUUUCAGCUAUUAUUUUCAUCAAGUUCGGAACGAUUUCUUGGAUGGAAAGGUUCCUGAACUCAUGGGUAGACAAUUACGAGAAAGGGCUCUCGGUCUUGUUGCCACCGAUAUCAUCCGCCUGAUGCUGGAAUUGAAGCUAACUCCCGACACAAUGAAGUAUAAUAGCAGAGACUUUUUACCUCAAGACUUGAAGCGAAGUCCAUUGUGGGAUAAUUUUUUAAGAGAUCCUCUUCAGAAAGCUGUUAGCAGAGGCUGGAAGAACAGUAGACAAAAUGCGGAAUUUGUUAAGGAAAAAUAUCUUCAAGAGCUUACAGAGUUGGUUCCAGAUUAUGGAUCAGAAACAUAUUCAGUUUUAGUGGAUGAUGGUGGAAAGGUGUAUGAAGUCUCAAUUUGUGUCAGCCCUUAUCAUCCUGUAUAUCCUGGACUGAGAAUGUGUGUUCAAAGACGUAAGGAGGCAUGGACUUAUAUUUGCUCAAUUGAAGAUCUUUGUUAUAUCAGUAUGCGUAAUGAUGAGACUGUUGAAAUAAGUCGUCAAAAUGGUGUCCCUCAGUAUUUGAAAUUUCAUGGAAAACCUCAGAUGCAUUCUUUUGUUUCAUUGCUUGAUGGUUACUAUCGUCUAACCGAAAAAUGGACUUUUAAUCUGUGUAAAGACUUGCCGACUCCUUCUCUUAUUAAUCUUAGGGCUAUGAAAUGCCAUGGACCUAUUGGUGCUGUGUUCGCUUAUCAAAAACUUGAGGAGAAGUGCUCCAAUGAAGCAGGUUGCUAUAUAUUGCGAGAAAAUGAAACCAUGUAUGAUGAAUAUUACAUAGAUGUGUGUUCCAAUGCAAGUGCACCAGAUUCUGAAAAAGUGUUCACUUUUAAAAUCUUUAAAGAUGCCAAUGAUUUCUAUGUUCUUCAAGGAUCAAGGGCUAGCUUUCCAUCCAUCAUGCAGCUAUUGUCCUAUCAUUCAAAGGAGAGCAAUUUAAACUUCACACGCUGCAUUCCACCUUCCGAAUAUGAUAAAACUGAUUUGUUAUUGUGCCGAAGAGAAAACCAAGAUGCCAAUUCUCUUGUCACCAGAGGGGACUGUAGUUGUGCAGCUCAGUGUAUUCCUCAUGACGCAGUGGUAUUCUCAAAAAACACGCCUCAGUUUUUGGGACAAUUAACUGUGGUGUCUCAUGGUCGCUUGCGUAGGUCGUGCUCCGAUUCUAAAUCUGUUGCAGUUAAGACGCUGCGUAAAGAAACUAAGGUUACUCAUUUAAAGGAGUUUUUGAGCCAGUGUGACAAAGUUUUAUUUUUGCAACAUGAUGCCAUUGUGUCCACCAUUGGAAUGAUUCUUACGAAUCCUACCGCACUCAUUAUGGAAUUUUUACCCAUGGGAAGCUUGGACAAAUAUCUACAAAGGCAUGAGAAUCAACUUCGCCAAGUAGACCUUGUUGAAGCAGCAUAUCACAUUGCAAGAGCUUUAUGGUAUUUGGAAGAGAAUCAGUUGUGCCAUGGUAAAAUCAGAUGUCACAAUAUCUUAGUUGCAUCUCACACUGACAACUCAUUUAAAGUAAAGUUGACUGACCCUGGCAUUAUAUUGUAUACAGAUGCUGACGUUCAUUGGCUUCCUCCUGAAUGUCAUAAUGAUUAUUCCCGAGCAUCUAAAUCAGCUGCCGCUGAUGUGUAUGCAUAUGGGACCACACUGUGGGAAAUUUUUUCCUAUGGUGCUAAACCCUUGAAUCAGCUCUCGCCAAGAGAGGCUAAAGAAUGGUAUUCAAAGGGAGGGUCCCUCAGUAAGCCGAACGGUUGCCAUAGAGAAAUAGAGAAACUGAUGUUUGAAUGCUGGUUCGUAGAUCAUGAUAGUCGUAAACAGCCACAAGCAAUUGUGCGGGAUAUCAAUCAGAUUCUUUAUGAAGUUUAUAAUUCGAGGCGAAGCCAUUCGUAUGUUGUCAUCGAUCCAGCCGCCACGCCUGUUAUUCGAGAUGAGGACGUCACCCCUCCUUCCUUGCCUGCAAGCAGACCUCCCAAAGAGCCUGGUUUGAGCAUAUUGAAAAAUGUUCUCAAAUGGCAGUCUCCACUACCCAAUGGAAAUUUUUCAUAUAAUGCACUAUCUCAGUCAACUGUGAACGGCUCAAGUGGUCAGUCGGCAUGUACUUUUCUUACAGAUGUUGAAGACAAUUCCAUUUUGCAUGUGAAUAAUAUGGAUUUAAUUUCUGAAAGUAUAAAUCAUUCUAUCCAUGGAGCUCCUGAUUCAAAUGCAGGCGAUCUUUUGUCAUGGGUUAUUGAUAAAGAACAAUUGACAAUUAAAGGCACUCUUGGACAGGGAUUCUAUGGUGAAGUUAUGAGAGCCACACUGACUCAUUGCAGUGGUCUGACUACGGAAGAAGUUGCUGUAAAAAGAAUCAAAAUGACUAAUCCAUCUAUGGAGAGUUUUACCGAUUUGAGACGAGAAAUGGAAAUCAUGAAAAAUUUGAGGCAUAAAAAUAUUGUUGAAAUAAAAGGCCUUGUUGAAGACCCAGAAAUGAUGCUGGUUAUGGAGUAUGUCGAAUUAGGUAGCUUGCUGGCCUAUUUACAAUAUCACAAGGACAAACUGAGCACUUCACGUCUUUUACAGUUUGCUAUUGAUGUUGCUGAAGGCAUGGCGUACUUGGAACUCAAGCAUAUUGUGCAUAGAGAUUUAGCUGCUAGGAACAUCCUGGUGUCAUCAGACAAGCAUGUUAAAAUCAGCGAUUUUGGUCUUGCCCAGUUUACUGAAGAUCACUAUUACAGAAUGAGAACUGAAAGGAACUUACCCAUCAGAUGGUAUGCUCCUGAAAGCAUCAGUGAAGGAAAAUUCUCCCACAAGUCGGAUGUUUGGAGUUAUGGCAUAACCUUAUGGGAAAUGUUCUCAUAUGGUCAAGAUCCUGGAAUACCCAAUAUUCCUGAUGCAGCUCUUUUUGAUGCCUUGCAACAGGGACAACGUUUGGGACUUCCCCACCAUUGCCCAGCAUUGGUGUACUCAUUGAUGAGGUUGUGCUGGGAGAAGGAGUCUCGUGAUCGUCCGUCAUUCGGAGAAAUUAUUUCAAAGUUGCAUUCGUUACAUUCUGAGCUGUGUUCAUAGAAACAUUUUUCAAAGCUCUUGGAGACAUUUACCAUUCUGAUUUUGGUGGGAGCAUCUAGUCAGUGUUCAUUGUGUACAUGUGUACAGUUAUUGUUGAUAGUUUGCUUCAUGUUGUUCAAACACAUUGUGAUAAACUUGAUGGAGAUCAUUUCGCACAUAUGUGCAGGGUGUUUAC